UAUUCGACUGAGAAGAGAGCCGACAUGAGUUUGACCGACAAAGACAAGGCUGCCGUCAAGGCCCUUUGGGGAAAAAUCUCCAAGUCUGCGGAUGCCAUCGGAGCUGAUGCUCUGGGCAGGAUGCUCUCAGUGUACCCGCAAACUAAGACCUACUUCUCCCACUGGCCCGAUCUGAGCUUCGGCUCUGGCCCCGUCAAGGCGCACGGAAAGAAGGUGAUGAGUGGAGUCGCUCUGGCUGUGUCCAAGAUCGAUGAUCUCACCGCCGGCUUGCUGGACCUCAGUGAGCUGCACGCCUUCCAGCUGAGGGUGGACCCGGCUAACUUCAAGCUCCUGGCCCACUGCGUUAUGGUGGUGAUCGCCAAUAUGUUCCCCAAAGAGUUCACCCCAGAGGCUCACGUCGCCACCGAUAAGUUCAUGAGCUGCCUGGCCCUGGCUCUCGCUGAGAAGUAUCGUUAAGUCGUGGAGAGAGAGUGCAGCUUGCCACACAAGAUCAAUGUGACUUGUGUUGACAAGAAAAUUAAUAAACUGCAUGCCGCCAAAGUCUGAAA